AUGGGCGGGCUUAUUCCGAGCAACCCUCUGACCUAUAGUAAGGUCAUCAAAUUGCACAGCCAGCGGGAAUUUCGCCUACCGUUAUUUUGGUUAGUAAAAAAGAAUAACACUUUAGGUCCCACAUGCUACUACUGCACGGAGUGCGGCCUCGGCUUCGCUCAGCCCAAUGCCCUCAAAUCACAUCUUUUUCUGGCGGCUUGCGGGACGGGCGGCCGGGAGGUGGAUACAAACACGCGGACAGAAACGCUCCGGCAUACCUGCACCUUCUGCGGACGACGCUAUGCCCGACGCUACAGUCUUGUGAUCCACCAGCGCACCCACACUGGGCACAAGCCCCUCAUCUGUCGGGUGUGCGCCCGACGCUUCGGCGACCCCUCAAAUCUAAACAAGCAUCUACGAACUCACGGUGUGGGAAUUGGGGGUAGUAGUAACAGUGGAGUGCGAAAUCCCUAUGUCUGCAGGACCUGUGGAAACGUCUCCGCCAGGAGGAGAGAUUUCGAGAGGCACAUGAAACGUAAACAUGAAGCCGAGAGAACUUGA